CCCCUCCCCUCCGUAGCAGCAGGAACUAAUUCCCCUUCAGGUCACCAGGGACCUGAAGGUGGAAAUUUCACGGAUCAGGGUUCUCUGUGACCCUUGGAAGAUGGGAUGAUCACCCCACAUUAGAAACCCCCUGCCAGCUCAAAAGCAGGGUUCAGUUUAAACCAGGUCUUUGGCCCCAUGACCCCAGUCAAGCCCCGCCUCUUCCUGGUUGUCUUAGCGACGGCGGUGGCGUCCCAAGAUGGCGUCGUGGCUGCCGGAGACUCUGUUCGAAAUUUUAGGACAAGGCCCAGCGCCGAGCAAAGACUAUUACCAGUUAUUGGUCACCCGGUCACAGGUAAUCUUCAGAUGGUGGAAGAUCUCUCUGAGGAGUGAGUAUCGAUCAACAAAGCCUGGAGAAAUCAAAGAAAGUCACGAAGACUUCCUGGAGAACUCACGGCUUCAGGUGCAAGUUGCCUUAAUAUUUGGCACGAGAAUAUUAGACUAUGUCUUCAAUUUAUGUGAAGGUAAAUUUGACUUCCUUGAGCGGCUCUCAGACAAUUUGCUCCUGAGUAUCAUUUCUUAUCUGGAUCUUGAAGAUAUUUCCAGGCUUUCUCAAACGUCACACAGAUUUGCAAAGUUGUGCAUGUCCGACAAACUGUGGGAGCAGAUAGUUCAGUCCGCCUGUGACAACAUCACCCCUGACAUGCGGGCCCUGGCCGAGGACAUGGGCUGGAGACAGAUGUUCUUCACCAACAAGCUGCAACUCCAGCGGCGGCUCCGCAAGAGGAAGCAGAGACAAGAGAGCCAGAGGAACGAAGAGGUUUUGCUGAUCCAAGGUGCCAUCUGGAAAGCACAGGGUACUUGCACACUAACGCAGUGCGCUGCCUGAACCACAGUCCCAAAGUCGUGAGGAUCAAAUCAUGGCCCCAGCACAAGGGCUGCAGGACAGGAAGCCCGCAGUCCCCAUCUUCCCCUCCCCUGACACCCACAGGAAGAGAGGCUUCUGCUGUAUGGAAACAAACAAUAAACCAUUAUUAGCAGGUUUUUAUUACAUAUCUGUUUUAUCCAGGCAUUGGAAAGGAUAGCUGGGUUUUUGAAUUUUUUCCUGGUGUUGUGUUAUCUGAGUCCAUCCAUGGAACAGGUGGCUGCUGGUCCCCACAGGGGACUGUGAGGGACAAGGCCCUCCCGGUGAGGGCAGCUGCCUUCCCAACUCUGUCCCGCUAAGUUUGUAGUCAGGGCCCCAUCCUGUGGGCCCAGGAUGCUAGGUUCCGUCCCCCGCAGAUAGACACCCUCUGACCUGGCCCUGGGGUGUGGCGAGAGGGAAGUCCAGGCAUCUUGUUCGCAGACCUCGUCCAGAGUCCAACUUCCCAGGACUUCACAUUGUCAAAUAAACCCAUGAACAUUUCUCAGACGGAUGCUGCUUCCCCAAAGGCAUGUGGACAGCUACCACUUUUAUUACAAGGGUUUUAACGAACACAGGCUAUGGGUAACAGUGAAAACUCGAGUACCGUCUGUGCUCUGCAACCUGGCAGAGGGGUGAAAACAGUACCCUUUUGGGGAAGGAAAUUCCACCUCCCCAAGAUGGGUUAUUGACAAAUUGUUUGCUUCCUGCACUCUCAGGAUGAGUAAGUUUCCCCAGACAUGAACUCACAGCAACAAAUCAUCUGAUGACUCCUUUCAGGCUGCAGUGCAAACGAGUUUUCAACCUCCCGUUGCCUUAUUAACCUUAUCAUUUCUUCUUCUCUGCAACCUCCACUUCGCUAUCUAGAAAAAAUAAUACGUACCUCCCUCCCCCUCCCCAUGCCAGAGAAAUUUCCUGUGAUGCAGCAGGACCUCCCGAAAGGUGCGGAAGAGGUGGACUCUGGCUGUUUUCUCCACCUAAGUCCUUCUGGAAUGGCUCCAUAGCCAUGUCUUAGCGACAGAUUUUUUUUUUUUAAUUUUACUAAACCUGUGUUAAUAUCAAAUCAGAUUUUAACCCCCAUGCACACACCAUUAACCCUCAGUUGUAGAUUUCCAGAGACAUCCGGGGAGCCUGUCAUGUUGUAUCUCGAUUUAGUCUAAGCACAGGGCAAAGAUUUACCUGGGGAGAGCCCCAGGCCGCCUGCUCUGCCCAGGAGAGAGCCUGCCAGGGCAGUGCAGGGUGACUGGCAGGCAGGCAGGGGACACGUGUGUCUGCACCACCAUGCUUCUCCCUGAAGUUCCAGACUUCACUCCUGGCCAGGUUUUCAGUGACAGAACAUAGGGAAAUGCCACGCCUGCACAACAAUUGUGUGUAUGCACAACAAUUGUGUGUAUGCACAAUUUGGUCUGUUGAAGUAACUGUGUAAAUAUAAAAUUACAACUCAUUUGCAACAUCGAUGUGAAAUGUCGAUAGCUUAAAAAUGUCCCGUGCCGUGUUUUAUCAACUAACCGAGACUCUGUAUGGGCAUGCCUAAUAAUCCAGGUUCAGCAUCAAUCAGUAAGAACACAAAUGUAGCCAUUUGAAAAUUGUUACUAUCUCUAUAAAAUAUUCUUAAAAUAGAUGCUGAAGGCAAAUAAUUAAAAAUGAGUUAUUAACAUGUUGACUGUGUUAAAUAAUAGUUAAAAUAACAUGGGUUACUAGAUUAUUUCCGUAAUUAUUUGCCCUAAUAAUCUGGGUGCCUUAUUACUUGGUUGUAAUUAUUUUUGCCAAACUAGGAACCGUAUCAUCAGCCUAAAAUCUUGCAUGGCACCAGCGUCUUUGGCAGUGGAAACAUUUUACCCAUCUCUGCCUGGCCUCAUUUCCUGUGUUAGAUCCCACAUGACGAUCCCAUCGGAUGGGAGUAGGCAGGAUGGUCUUGAGUCUGCCUCUAUCGACAGCUUUCAUACUCAUAGAUAAGUCUCCUUUGUCAAUGACAUACCAUUUCAGAGUGAAAUGCUGCAGCAUUUUAUCGUCUUGCUUUUUCUCAUCUUUUCAGUCAAAAAUGUUUCUACUCUGUUAUCAUUUACCAUUGUAGUUGGAAAAAUAGAACACUGUUAUUUUCUGAUGGUUUAUAUGUUUUGUGUUACAGAACCAUUUAUUAACAACAGCAAAUGUGACUAAUUUAUGAACUGAAAAAAUAAAUAGAUUUUACUGUA